GGACCGCGACUUCUUUACCGAUGCCAGAACACCCUACAGCAACAUGGCAAGCUAUGCAAGAUGGGAAUGUGUUCUACCGGCGACAGCAGCUAUACUCGUUCCCUGCUGGGAAGCUGCCAGACUUGAGUGACUACAUCGUGGCGGGUUGCAAGUAUGGUGGUCCUCUCGCAUUAAUGAGGAAUAACACGAAACUAAUUGCUCUUGGACGUUCAACACCUGCAUUCACGAAAUCUCAAAUACAAGUUUAUUCUUCGGCUGGCGAGGGAUUGUUGUUGUUCAGUUGGGAACAAGCCAAGAUAAUACGUUUUGGAUGGACGUUUGAUGAACGACUGGUAGUCCUCAAUGAAGAAGGCACCUACCGAAUCUACGAUUUGCAAGGAGACUAUCAGCAGCAUUCUCUUGGAGGUGAAACAGCGGAGUCUGGUGUCGUAGACGCGAGGAUUCAUGAAAACGGAUUAGUUGCUUUGGCUGGUUCAUUAAGCCUUCUCGAGGUCAAGGGAUGGGAAGGUGGUCGACCUUUGAAUUUGGCUAAUCCAGGUCUAUCGGAACCUCCCAGCUCCUGGAGCAUCAUACCCCCCGAUAUUAACAUCUCACGGCAUAUUGAAGUUUUAUUGUCGGUGGAUAAUACCAUAUAUACCGUGGACAAUCUGGAAAGCAUUGAUCAACGAUUAUCUCAAGGACCAUUUACACACGUUUCACCCUCUCCAAAUGGGAAAUCACUCGCGCUUCUGACCUUCUCGGGCACUUUACUAGUGGUGUCUACGGAUUUCCAGCGACGAAUGGCAGAAUUUGAUACCGCGACUGUAUCCCACGCUGAAGGGCAAGCACAACAAGUUGAAUGGUGUGGAAACGAUGCUAUCCUCGUGACCUGGGAAUCUAUAGCAGUUCUCGUGGGCCCUUUUGCGGACACGCUAGAAUAUUCAUAUCUCGGGAACAUAUUUGCGGUCACAGAGGCAGACGGGGUCAGAGUGGUCUCACAAGAUACUUGCGAUUUAAUACAGAAAGUUCCCUCCUCUAGCUUAUCCAUAUUUCGCCCUGGAUCCUCUUCUCCCGCUGCAAUACUGUAUGAUGUAUGGGAAAGUUUUUCUCGUCGUUCUCCCAAAGCGGAUGAAAGCAUUCGAAGUAUACGACCGGAACUCGCUGCUGCAGUUGACGGGUGUAUUGACGCCGCUGGACAAGAAUGGGAACCUUAUUGGCAAAGGCGACUUCUGAACGCAGCCAAAUUCGGACGAGGUUUCCUUGACUUCUACAAUCCCACAGAUUUUGUGAACAUGGGUCAAACAUUGAAGGUUCUCAAUGCAGUCCGUUAUUUCGAGAUCGGUAUCCCGUUGACAUACGCGCAGUAUUCCUACACGUCCCCUUCGCAUCUUGUCUCGCGCCUCACGGCACGAAAUAUGCAUUUGUUAGCUCUCAGAAUAUCCACAUUCCUUUCCCUGAAAGCCGAUGUGGUAUUGAAGCAUUGGGCAAGUGCUAAGAUUCUCCGAUCCAAACCUACAACGACCGGAUCAGGGAAAGAUGCUGAACUCGGGGCAGACGAUGAGGUGUGCGCUAUGAUCGUGGACAAAUUCAAGACCUUGGGCGGCACGGAUGUUAGCUACGCUGAGAUUGCCAAGCGUGCCUGGGAGGUUGGACGGACAGGUCUUGCAACGAAGCUACUAGACCAUGAGUCCAGGGCCUCAGAUCAAGUGCCUUUACUACUCUCAAUGAAAGAGGACCAUUUGGCACUUGAAAAAGCCGUUGACAGUGGCGAUACCGAUCUCAUUUAUCAGGUGCUCCUCCACCUACACAAGCACCUUACCCUGGGGACAUUCUUCCGUCUCAUCGAGGAUGGCGGGGCGCGGCUUGCACCUGCCAGCCGGCUGUUGCAAGUGUAUGCUCGAGAGCAGAACCGGGACAUGCUCCGAGAUUUCUAUUAUUCUGAUGAUAGACGGGUGGAAAGUGCUGUACUUGCGCUGGACGAGGCUUCCAAGAUGUCGGACCCAGCUUCGAAAAUCUCAGCGGUGAAGUCCGCUCAAAAAUUUUUCUCAGAAGAUCGCGACAGAGGAUUCGAAGCAAAGAUGAUGGACGAAAACGCCCGAUUAUUAACCCUUCAGCAACAACUUGAAGCGGAGGCCGACGGGAAGAUAUCUUUCUUUGGCCUGAGCGUGAACGAAACUAUCCGGGUUUGUAUUCUGAAUGGAAUGCUCAAACGAGCAGACAAACUUAAAACGGACUUCAAAGUUUCCGAUAAACGUUUCUGGUACAUCAAACUAUAUGCUCUAACAGAAAUUAGAGACUUCGAAGGCUUAGAAGCAUUUUCCAAAUCAAAGAGAAGUCCGAUAGGAUAUGAACCCUUCGUCCGCCAUCUAGUGGAAAAGAAACGGUUAAAAGAAGCGGUUCCCUACGUUGCGCGAUGUGACCCACCCAAACGCGUCGACUUAUAUGUUCGGUGUGAAGAAUGGCGCAUGGCCGGUAAGGAAUGUAAAGACCGGGGUGACAAAGGGAACCUUCAACAACUUAUUCAGAAAGCUCCGAAUUCACUCGUAGCGAGGGAACUGGAACAGGUUGCUUCGAGUAUGAAGUAG